AAUGUUUGCUGUCACUUUCGGCUGUCAGUUUGGUAUUGUCGGUGGUGUACUCCUUUGUCGCUUGUUUUGGUUUGUGUUAAGCAUUUCUUACCUUUCUAAUGCCUGAAAAUGUCAGAAACGAAUCACAAAACUGUGUUCGUGCUAGACCACACCCAAUACUUUGGUAUAUCUAGUGAAAAUCUCAUCGAUCUCGAUUUCGUCAAGAGCAAGGUUUCGGCCGGCGCUUCCUUGCCUCCAAUUAGCAAAAGCCUGUGGACAUCCUCUGUAGAGGCUGCCGUCGAGUACUGCCGCAUCGUCUGGGAUCUAUUUCCGACUGGCAAGCUGAUCCGCUUCAUUGUUAGUGACACGGCGGCACACAUUGUCAACACCUGGGGCCAAGGCACACAAAACAUUACUCAUGUACUCAAUGCAAUGUCCAUGGUGGGCAUUCCGCCGCGCACUGCCCCCAUGACCCAUGAUUGCUCCGUGAUACAUGGACUGCGGGCAGCGAUUGAGGCGUUAGCGGAACCGACAGACGCCCAGAAAGACGUCAUCAAGCGCGCGAAGGAAGACGAAAAGGCGCUGAACAAGGGACGCGUGAUUUGCAUCACGUCCGCGCGGGACAACGCUAGCAUGAGCAGCCUGGAGGACAUCUACCAGACGGUGCUGGUGCAGCAGAACACGGUGGCCGCGACCCACAAGGACCUGCUGAACAUCGACCACUGUCACCUGGUUAUCAUCAACUUGGUUCCGGUGAAUUUGGAGUCGCUCGUCACAAACAGGGGCGUUAAGGAGGUGUCCCCCAUCUUAACGUCGGAGAUUCACUCCAUUUCCGCCGCCGACAUCUCCAACAAACUGACCCACUUGAUUCUGUCGCACUAUGAGUUGGCCAGCACAACAGUUACAGGGAUUCCGAUGAAAGAGGAGCAAAACGCCAGUUCCAGUGCGAACUACGACGUCGAAAUAUUCCACGCGAAAUACGCGCACACAGUGAUUUUCGGUUCAGAGCUCAUUUUGCCAACGAGCAUCAAGGAGGGAGCCGAGUACGAAACUGUCACCCUCAAAUGGUGCACUCCCCGGGGAAUCGGAGCUUCCGACCUGCAACCUUGUCUGGCCCAGCAUAGGAUCACAUCCGUGGACGUCACUUCGCGGCCAAGCAAUUGCCUGAUCAAUUUUCUUCUGAACGGGCGGUCAGUCCUUUUGGAGAUGCCGAGGAAAACAGGAGGAAAGCUAACCAGCCACCUUCUAUCAGCGCACGGUGGAGAGAUUUUCAUUCACACGUUGCGCAUCACUCGAAGCUGCCUUGAAGACCUUCCUUCGAUUUCAGAAGGCGGCGGAGGACGAGUUACCAACUACCGGAUACCUGACUUCGGAAAGUUCAUGCAAGCACACAAGCUGGUGCCCCUGAAGGCGAUCGCUGAUCGGAAACCAGACGAGAAUUUGCAGAAGAUGCGUGCAAAGCUGCGCCGACAUUCGCGGUACUGGCCUCUGACGUCCGGGACGACGCUCGUCUACAACAUGCGUCAAUACAUCGAUCCCCUUUUGAAUCUCGUCAGCAAGGACGAUCUCACUGACAACGAUGUCCUUCAAUGCAGGCAGGCGAUUUUCAGUUUGGUUAGUCUUUCCACUAGGAAUGAACAGUUGUCGCUUCCUAUUUUGGGGAAUCGAAUUAAAGCACAUAAGAAGGAGGAACUGUACAAAGUCAUUUGGACGGAACUGGAGGCGAUAGUACAAAGCUCGGGCAGCUCGAAUGGACACAAGUUGGUAUUGAAUUGCUUGUGCGACUGCCGGGCGAGGGGUUCGGAGACAGCGGAGAAAGCUGAAUUGGAUCAGGCUAUCAGAGAAAUAGACGGCGAAUCAUCGUCGCAUCGGGCGAGCGUUAUCCGUGCGACCACAGAUUCACCAAUGUCACCGCCGCAUGUUCUGGAACCAGCUUUCAUAAAGAAAAUGAAGUCCACAAGCAACCAAAACACGAGAUCAUUGCUCGAUAUUAUGAACAUUACGGAGAGGAACCAGACCCAGAAAAGGCUGGACUUUGCCGGCAGACUUUGCACCCCCUCCGGCCAAGUCGCUAAGUUAUAUCCCAAUCUGGGGAGUAAGGAAGUGAAUGCGAGAGAAACUGAAGCGAAAUAGUGAAUAAAUCACUUCCUUCCUUAGUCUAAGCUAUUGUAAAGUUUCCUGGAAGAGUUUAUAUAAAAAUUUUAGAUUUAUUAC